CUUCAUUCGAUAAGGUAGAAAUACACUUGACGAUUCUCUUUUGUAAACUACACUGUUGCAUUGCCUUGAUGGACACGCAUACACAAAACAAGUAAAAGGUGAUGUCGUCUCCCCGGAUGCUAGCUCCAGGGACCGACGUGGAGGGAGGAAGAAGCUCGAGCCAGGCGAUCGGGGGUGCCAAGUCGUACGGGCUCUAGCGGGGUUGCGCAGCCCGUCGAGUGGCCGCUUCUCAACUCACCUUGCAAGCGCUGAUAUUGAGACAAAUAACAACAGCAAACGAGCCGUCCACCUUCACCCUGCUAUCAUUCGUGCCUCUCUCUCUCCCUCUCUCUCACUCACCUAUACCCCGAUUGCGCUGCCACACCCGCCAUUUGCCCCACUUCUAGUCGCGCCAUCUACUAUAAAUCCGCCCGCUGCCUUCUCUCCGCCGCUCCACAAACCUACCACCAACACUCCACUACCACCACCGCUUCCAACGUUUACCAACCCCACCCUCGAACGUGUCUAUUCGCCUGCGCCAAUGCAAAACUAUCUCCAGCAGCAACAGCAGCACUCGUAUCAGGGUGACUGGUCCCAGGGUCAUCAUCAGCACCUCCAUAACCAUGUAGCUCAGCACUCGCAACUUCAGGCACAGCAGGCUCAGGCUGUCCAAGCCGCCCAAGCUGCCGUCCAAGCUCAGCAGGCCCAACAGCAACAACAUUAUGGACGCAUGCCAGGCAACAACGGAUCGUCUGUGCCUUCCGCCGGCGGCAUUCCUCGCGGUCCCGCCAACGACAUGCAGACCAGCAAUGGAGAUGUCAUCACCGAGGAGAACCGUCGCGUACUCGACUGGAUCGCGCAAUUGAUGAAGCACACCUCGCGCGAGACGGCUCUUCUUGAACUAAGCAAGAAGCGCGAGCAGGUUCCCGAGCUUGCCCUUAUUCUCUGGCACUCCUAUGGUGUGAUGGCUUCGCUGCUGCAGGAGAUCAUCUCUGUCUACCCUCUUCUGAACCCUUCUCAGCUCACUGCUGCCGCUUCGAACCGUGUCUGCAAUGCGCUCGCGCUUCUGCAAUGCGUUGCUUCUCACACCGAGACCCGCGGUCUCUUCCUAAGCGCGCACAUCCCGUUGUUCUUGUAUCCUUUCUUGAACACCACCUCCAAGUCACGUCCCUUUGAGUAUCUGCGUCUCACAUCCCUCGGCGUCAUUGGCGCUCUGGUCAAGAACGAUUCCUCCGAAGUCAUCAACUUCCUCUUGACUACGGAGAUCAUCCCGUUGUGUCUGCGCAUCAUGGAGACUGGUUCGGAGCUCAGCAAGACUGUAGCUAUCUUCAUCGUUCAGAAGAUCCUCUUGGACGACAUUGGCCUUGCGUACAUCUGCCAAACCUAUGAGCGUUUCUACGCCGUUGGUACCGUUCUCAGCAACAUGGUCAACCAACUGGUAGAGCAGCAGACUGUUCGUUUACUCAAGCACGUUGUGCGAUGCUUUCUUCGCCUUAGCGAUAAUGCGCGCGCCCGUGAAGCUCUCCGCCAAUGCCUUCCCGAGCCUCUCCGCGAUGCGACCUUCUCUUCCGUCCUCCGCGACGAUGCCGCUACAAAACGCUGCCUGGCUCAACUUCUCAUCAAUCUUUCCGACAACGUUGUCGAGCCUAGCCAGAACCAGCUACCAAUUCACUAG